AUGCCGUCUUUACUUCCCCUCCUCAUCACCCCAGUCACGCAAAAGGUCGCACCGAUUGAGAGUCUUUUGACAAGUCUUUUGCCGAAAGUGGCCAGUGGCCCACCACCACUGUUCGAGCCGACCACCCCGGCAAAAGACGGGCCGGAGUGCAUUCAGGACUGUUCAUCAUGUGACAUCACAUACCCGGAGAAGUUCAAGAUCAAUGAGACCGAGAAUUUGUACGGUACUGUCAUGCCUUGGGAGAGACAUCUCCUCGUUGCGACUGGCAAAGCCAAUUGGAUCAGCAAUUUCAUGAGUGAGGAAGGCAGCAUCGGAGAAGCCAUAGCCAAGACACAUGGACAUAUGGUCGAGAAGAAGUUCAUGCUUUCCGCAUCCAACAUCCCCGUACCGGACUACAGCGUCAACAAGAAUCCCGACGACGAACCAAUCUCUUCUGUCCUCCUUCUCCCAGCUUUCGUCAUCGUUGAUUGCCCCAUGCAAUACCUCGUCAUUGCUUCCGCUCAACUCGCUUAG